GGGGCGGAUGGCGCGAGGCCGCGCGCUCCCGCGGGCAGCGCGGCCGCGCGCCUGAAGGGGCCGCGGGGCAGCGCCUCCUCCCGCACCGCUCCUCCCGCGCCGCCUCUCCCGCGCCAUGCUGGCCGCCGCCUGGCUGGCCAGGGGCUCCUGGGGGCUCCUCCGCGGCGCGGCGCGGCGGCGGCCGGGCGGCGGCGGAGCGAGGCCUCUGGGCGGCCGGCCCGGUUCGGCGGCGGCGGCGGCGGGUGAGGGGCGGCGCGGCGGGGCCGUCUCGUGCCUGCCCGCGGGCGCGGGGCCCCCGCGGCUGCUGCGCGCGCCCGCCGCCGCCUGGCGCCUCCUCAGCGGCGGGGCCGCCCCGCCCGAGCCCCGCCGGGAGCGCGGCGCCGCGGGGCCCUACGCCGAGCUGUAUGAAAACCCCUGGACCAUCCCAAAUAUCCUGUCCAUGGCGAGAAUGGGUCUGGCGCCAGUUUUAGGCUAUUUGAUUGUUGAGGAGAAUUUCAACGUUGCGCUCGGUGUCUUUGUCCUGGCUGGCGUGACAGACCUGUUGGAUGGAUUUAUUGCACGGAACUGGGCUAAUCAGAAAUCAGCACUGGGAAGUGCUCUUGACCCCCUGGCGGAUAAAAUCCUCAUCAGCGUGCUCUACGUGAGCUUAACUUGUGCAAAUCUUAUCCCAGUGCCCCUGACUUCCAUGAUAAUCCUGCGGGAUGCGGCGCUCAUUGCCGCCGUUUUUUACGUGCGAUACAAAACUCUUUCUCCACCGAGAACACUGAGUAGGUAUUUUAACCCCUGUUAUGCUACUGCACAAUUGAAACCAACAUUCAUCAGCAAGAUGAACACAGCAGUUCAGCUGAUUUUGGUGGCAGCUUCUUUAGCAGCACCUGUUUUCAAUUAUGUGGACAGCAUAUAUCUGCAGACAUUAUGGUGCAUCACAGCUUUCACAACGGUGACAUCUGCCUACAGCUAUUACCACUAUGGCAGGAAAACUGUCCAGGUGAUCAAGAACAAGUGAAGGGGUCCAGGUGAUAAAAUUGAAGUGUUCCUGGAAAGGCAGGAAGGUGCUGUGCCCCCAGAGGUGCUGGUAUUGCAGCUGAGUUUUGGAUCAAAGCACUCUUUGUUUUUCUGCUUAACCAUGGCAUCACAAUGAAGUGAAAUUUGAACAUGUACUGUGUAUAUAUGUAGAGACAGACUUUUUGAUGUAUUUUUAAUUUCUUUAAAAAUGAGGUUGUUUACAAAACCAAAUAAAUAAUUCUUAAAAACA